AUAUUGUUCCUCUUGGUGACGUCAUGUAAUUCGGUCGAUAUGUCUUCAAAUGACGUUCUUUACAAGAGUAAAUAUUUUAAUUAAGCUCCUCCCAUCCGAAGACAGGUCAGCAGUUGCCAGCUGAGGUUUUGGCAAAAAGUGGAAAGGGCGAUCUGUCAUUUUUGCCUUUAUGUGAUGGUUUGAAGUUACUAAAUUAUACCGAUAACUGUUUAGAGUGUUAGUAGCACAAAUAGUUCAAAAUUUGUGAACAAUGUCUCCUGCAAUAGCAAGCGCACUUGAAAUAACUUACCUUAACUGAUAAGAAUUCUUAUCAUUUCUGUUUUGACAGUAGCAUUAACAAUAUGUUAUUAAGUACAAAACGAUUUCCUUGACGAAUUUUUCGUUGCCUUUAAAAUGAUUUUCUCUGAAAAUUUGUUGAAUAAAUUUCUAAUCACUAUUGUAAUCCUUACAUUCUCAUCAUGUCAUGGAAUAAAGCACAUAUCCAAGGAAGAAAGGAUUGGUCUGAGGGAGGAAGCCAGAGAUAUGUUUUACCAUGCCUACAACGCAUAUAUGUACAAUGCGUAUCCUGCAGAUGAGUUGAUGCCUCUAAGUUGUGCUGGUCGCUAUAGAGGAGUUUCUCCCAACAGGGGAGAUAUUGACGAUUCUUUGGGAAACUUUUCCCUAACCCUAAUUGACACUCUGGAUACUUUGGUUAUUUUGGGUGACUUGGAAGAAUUUGAGCAUGCUGUAAAGCUUAUUAUAAAAGACGUUACCUUCGAUAAUGACGUUGUGGUGUCAGUUUUUGAAACAAAUAUCAGAGUUGUGGGAGGACUUUUGUCAGCACAUAUCCUAAGCGAGUACUUACAACAGAGAGACGGCAUAAUGCCUUGGUAUAAGGGAGAAUUAUUGAACAUGGCGAAAGAUGUUGGAUAUCGAUUACUACCAGCUUUUAAUACGACAACAGGAAUACCUCAUGCAAGAGUGAACAUGAAGUAUGGUUUGAAAAGUGAUCAAUUAGAAUCUGCCCGAGAGACUUGCACUGCAUGUGCUGGUUCCAUGAUUCUAGAAAUGGCUGCCCUUUCUCGACUAACAGGCGAACCAGUGUUUGAACUCAAGGCUCACAAAGCAAUGGAUGAACUAUGGAAAAUGAGACAUCGAAGCUCCGAUUUGAUGGGAACGGUAUUGAAUGUCCAUUCAGGUGAUUGGAUACGACGAGAUUCUGGUGUUGGCGCCGGCAUAGAUUCGUAUUACGAGUAUUGUCUGAAAGCCUAUAUUCUUCUUGGAGAUAAUAAGUAUUUGAAUCGAUUCAACAGGCAUUAUAAUGCUGUCAUGAAGUAUAUUUCUCAGGGACCAAUGCUGUUGGAUGUUCACAUGCACAGGCCACAUACAAACUCCAAAAAUUUCAUGGAUGCACUCUUGGCUUUCUGGCCAGGUCUUCAGGUAUUGAAAGGUGACAUUAAGCCCGCAGUUGAAACUCACGAGAUGCUUUAUCAAGUCAUGCAAAGACACAAAUUCAUUCCAGAAGCUUUCACGACAGACUUUCAAGUUCAUUGGGGAAAUCAUCCUUUACGUCCAGAAUUUCUUGAAUCGACAUAUUUCCUUUACAUUGCCACAGGUGAUCCGUACUAUUUGAAGGUUGGAAAAACUGUUUUGACGAGUCUUCAGAAGUUUGCCAGAGUGCCUUGUGGGUAUGCAGCUGUGAAUGAUGUGAGGACAGGAAAGCAAGAAGACAGAAUGGAUUCAUUUGUACUAUCCGAAACCUUCAAGUACCUUUUUUUGCUGUUCGCCGAUAAAGAUGAUCUCAUUUUGAAUUUGGAUGAAUUUAUUUUUACUACUGAAGGUCAUCUUUUACCGCUCAGUCUUGCGGGCCAUACAAACAAUGGUACGAAACAUUCCGAAUCUGAAACAGAGGACUCAGAUUUUUCUAGAACCUGCCCAAAUACCCUGAGUUUGUUCCCGGAAUCUGUAAGAAAACCUUUACAGCAUAUGGUGGAUGGCAUGUGCCCCAAAAGAUCGCAGAAAAGACGACUUUCAGCAACUGAAUUUUCUGCCGCUAACCUGAAUCAUCUGAAAGUUAUUAAAGAUAUGGGAAUUAAUAUCAUAGCUCUGAAUGAUGGCAGAGUACAGUUGCUCCAUUCUUUUUCAUCGGCUCGAACAGCAGCGGAUGCAGAAGAAGGAUUGAUUUUUAUGCAAGAGAUGGUGGAAUUAUCCAAGUUGCAAGCUCAGCAACCCGAACCUAUUUCCCAAGCAGUUACGGUACCGAUGAAAGAUCAAAAAGGUGAAGAACAUACCAUCGUCAUGCAAGCUGGACCUUCCCAAUUCGGUAAAAAUCUCCAAGAUGGUCAGAAGAUAUCGGCACGAACAUUACUUUUAAAACCUUUUCGUGGCUGCAACAAUAUUGAAGCGUCUGAUUCAAUUGAAGGACGAAUAGCAAUAAUGGAAAGGGGGGAUUGCAUGUUUGUAGACAAGGUGAGGCAAGUCCAAAAGUACGGAGCAGUUGGUGCUAUUAUAUUGGAUAAUGUUUCUGGUAGCAGCGCAGCUAAUUCUCCAAUGUUUUCCAUGUCUGGCGAUGGUACAGACGAUGUAGAAAUACCGGCAGUAUUUCUAUUCAGCCAAGAAGCCUCCAAGUUAUUACUUGCAUUAUCCAAAGACCCAGAAGUUGAGGUUACCAUCAGAGAGCUUAAAGAAUCCGACAAUUUUUCACAAAACGAAGAAGAGAGCAUGUUCCAAAAAUUGAAAUUGUCCGUCCAAGAAUUUCUUAAUAAGCAUACUGGAAUAGCUUUCGCAAAAAAGGUUGAAGUAGGGGGAUUCAGGGCUAUCAUCGGCAACGCUAGAAUAAAAAUUACAUACGAAAAUAACGAACAGGAUGUUCAGCCUGUCGAAGAUACCGUCACGAAUUCUCAGUGGAGUAAAAUCAGAAAAGCAUUGCUGAAGUCGAUCCUAUACUCCGAAACAAAAGAGUUGAUAGUUCCGCUUAAUAUUUUGAAAAUUUAUUACCAGUCUUUGAGUGGAGUGUCUGCAAAAGAGUUGGUUAAAGUCGACAUUAUAAAGCAAACAGAGUGGUUUCUUACGGAACUUUUGAAAGAGUAUCAGAAAAAAGAAGAUGAUUUGGUGAAGGCGGAAAACGAUCAGGGUAUUUCCAUUAUCACAGGCUUCAAUAAAAUGUCGGAGCACGAUAAGCAUGAUUUAAUGGAAACUCUCAAAAAACACAAUUUGAAAGAAAUCAGUUCGCUGUUAGAAAACGUAAACUUGGAAGAUGCUCCUGAAACGACAGAUAUUUUGGAUGAAACUUUCAGCAACCUCAAAUCAGAAUCGGACAAUGAAAUUAUCGUAAGUGAUCAGAAAAGUUAUGAAACUGCAACAGUGCGUGAAAGUGAAGCAACAGAUAACAAGGAUAUUGAUGACAACAUUAAAACAAGGUUCACCCAUUCUAUUGACGAGUUAUGAUAAAAUUUUUGUCAUAUCCCUAGGAUGCGAAGUGAACUAAAUCAAAUUUUCCUUCAGUCAAAUAUUAGUUUGGGUUUUUAAUAUACUUAUAUUAUUCGUACAGAAUGGGCUGAAAUGUUUUUUGAAACCAGCAGCUGUAAAUUCCACAUUCACAUGUCUUUAUUCCAUGUCUCGUUUCAAAUCGUCUCACUAUCAUACCAAGGAAAAUGGUAUAUUAAAAAGAAUUCUUUUUCUAUUUGAUAGGAAUUGACAAAUUGUUGAGUUUCAGAAGAUAAAUAGGUAUCGCGUGUAGUUCCACUGAAAUUCAAAUUACCCGCCAAAAUGGUGCGCUUCUGACAAGUUAGGUACAAUGCUUCCAAUCCCAAAAAUAAAAUUUCUCGGAUUGCAGGAGCGCCAACAAUAUCUAAAAAUUCCAGUGUUGCUAUUUUUUCUCAAAAAAAAUCAUAUAGGAAAAGAGUAUAGACUCUUCACUGCAGUAUUUUCCAUUAUUCCAGAAUUAGUUUUAUGAAAACAUGGAAAGAACGAAAUUCAUUAUUUUUUUUUCAUAAUUAUGGAAGGUUUUGUAUUUUUGUGGCUUCAAAUCAUAGAGGCGAUAUUGAAGGAGGGUUUUUUUAUUUCAAAAUAAUUUUCCUCCGAUUUAUAUUUUUGAGGGACAUGAAUUAACAAUUUUGGAUGUUAUAACAUAAAGAUUUUCCAGUUUCAACUAAUCGAUUUGUGAAAAAAUUUAUGUUAUUGUGUCGCAGAUUUGAAACGAGAUGCUAUAUAUUUAAUUUUUGGUCUAUUCUGUAUUGCCCUGCAUUGUGAUAUACCAUAUAUUUUAUGCCAAAAAGUAACUGUCCCAAACAUGACUCUUUUUAUUAAUAGAAAAAAGAAGAAUAUUAUUAAUUGAAUUAAUAAUAAAACCGAUUUUUGUUUCCUUAGGAAUAUUGAUUCAUUUUGUUGAUUUUCUCUUGUACAUAAAAAGUAACAUUUUAUAGUUAUUCUUCAUCAUUUUUUGUUUUGUACCUUCUUAAAUGUACAUAAACUGUAUAAAAUGUAAGAGAAAUAUUUUUAUAUACAUAUUUAAAAACUGUUAAGUGUAAAUAAACAUUUUAUUACUUGGCAAA